ACAAGAAAAGAUGAUCAUAAAUUGGCUUCCCAUUUUAAUUUUAACUUCAACUGUAACUGGCGAUCACCGAUUGGUUAAAAGAUAUUUAUUAUUUCCGAGAUAUACGCAGAUGCAGUGCAGUAUGGGGUUAUCGGUACCGUUAGUUUUACCAAGGCGAUCGAUAAAUUUCAGUUUAGUAGCUCAAGCAAAUUAUUAUACUCCUUACAAUGUAUCAAAUUUCACUCCUCAAACCAUAGAAGCAAGAGAGAAAUCGUCAUUCUUCUAUUUAGGAAGAAAGACUGUAUAUAAAUAUAUUAUGGAGGUAUUAGAUGGCUUUGGUCUUGAUGGUGAACAAUGCUUAUUGAGGACUAUUUGCGAAAUACACGAAACUCCAAUGGACAUUCAAGAAAGAGAAACUCUGCUCGAAAAAUUGGUUCAUUUCAUUUUCACGCCAUCUUCAGAUCUUCAAAACGUUUCGAAUAAAAAAGGCAAUAAUACUGAAGAAAUAUUAACUAAAAAAUUGUUAGAGGCUGAAAAACUUGGAAAGAACGACGGCGAUUGUAGCGAUGCUUAUCCAGAGUGUCUAGUAUCUUUAGCUGAUUUAUUUACAAUGAAAUUUAAUAUUUAA